AUGGACGCCCGGCCACGUUUUGGCGAACUUCGCUCGCCCUCCCAUGAUACUCUGCGGAGCGGUCUGCCUUCGCCGCGCAUUGAACACUUUGACGGUGAAAUCCCUCCCACGCUCUCGCCCCUUGAUGCAUUCGCGGCUCAGGGCCGGCUUUUGGCGAAACAACUAGAGGAAUCGGCUCGCAGAGACCGGCGCAUGAGCAGGCUUCCUCCGGCCAGUGUCGCACGGUCGUUAUCGCAGCCUCGACCGGGCUAUUUUCGCUCUUCAUCCUCAAAUGAUUCCUCACGGAGUGGGCGAGGAAAUGAUCUCACGAGGCAGCCAACAUUGAAGGCCAAUCCUGAGCUGGAGGAGCCGAAGUUCCGUCCCCAGUCCGAACAUCCUCGUCUGAGCGGCGUGCCGCAGUUUGCCAACGAAGAUGCUCCUCAUGAUGAUGCGAAUAGUGCCCUAGAGAAUGAACCGCCAAUGACAAGCUCGGAGGAGGACUAUCUUGAAGCUACGCAGGCGGAGUCGGCACAGGAGGAUACAGCUAAGGGCGUCGUACCAGAAGCGCCUCCUCGCUUUUAUGCCGCCACGCCCUCUGGUAUGGCUCUGACAGGAUCGCCUGGAAAUUCGUUGACCGAUGCUGCCUCCUCUCGACUCAAUAUUCCACGGGGUCUGGCGCCACCGGUCUCGCCACGAUCGAGGCCUUCGAGCAGCAAUAGGGCCUUGCAGCCCGAGAGCUCGGAUGAUGACUAUAGCAGUUCGACUGCGGGCUCGACCUUUUCGAAACCGAGGAAAUUGUCCUCCUGUAGCGCUACGUCACUGCCACAGUCACCCAUGACUUCUAUGAACCGGUCUCAUCGACGCUCGCCCUCUCUGAAUUCAGAGGCUUCGAACAAUGGCGGUAAUCCUCCACGUCCUUCAUACAAUUUCUCACGCCCUCUCAGUCGGUCCAGCACCAGUCUCUCAGCCCCCAUACCGACAGGAACUUCGGAGCAGUCACAGGGCACAAGGCCUCGGGGUUCAAAGCCUCAGCCUAUUGUAGUGCCUUCAGUGGCUGAUAUGGCUAAAUCAAUGCGCGAGGAACCAUCAUCCGCCGUGUCGUACACUUAUGCCAAGUACCCACUUCCCCGCGGACGCCAGGUUUCCAGGGAUUCCGUUGUUUUCUCCGGCCUACACACUCCUCACUUUGAGUGGCAGCAGCCGCUCUUCGAGAGUCCUGAUCAGCUGAGCGCAACUGGGCCUCCACGGUCUUCGCGAACCCCGUCACCUCCACCCUCGCGUCAUUCGGUAUCCUCCAAGAAAGCACGCUCCAUGUAUGGCUCCCCACCCGGGCGACAAUUGCUCACGCCAGAGAUGCCUCCAUCUGCCCCGCAAGUACCGGCCUCUCCCGAGGCUCGCCGUCCCUCCGAAGCUGCGUCGAUGGAUCAACCGGUCUUAGGUGAAUCUGCCCUUUCAAGCUCACCUACCCCCUCAAGCGCACCUGCUCCCGAGGCGCCUGCUACUGAGGAGACAACGGAUGCCACUUCCUCAGCAGACUCUGCAUCGACUGUCCGGCCACAAACAGCCAAGACCAAUGCAUCUUCCGCCGUCAUCACAGCAGACGAGCAUGUGACUAAAGGGAUUGAGUGCCAUGAGAAAGGAUCGUUGCAAGAAUCCACCUACCACCUCCGUGUUGCAGCGAAGCAGGAUCAUCCGACUGGCAUGCUCUUGUAUGCUUUGGCUUGUCGACAUGGUUGGGGCAUGCGACCCAAUCAGCAAGAGGGCGUUCGGUGGUUGCGCAAAGCCGUGGACUCUGUCGGGCUAGAGUUGAUGGAUGAUUCCAACCCGGCCAUGCCAAGCCGGGUGAGGGAAUUGCAGAAAGCAUACCGUGCCCAGUUUGCCCUCAGUAUCUACGAACUGGGCGUGAGCCAUCUAAACGGAUGGGGCAUUGAGCAGGAUAAAUCAUUAGCUCUGCGUUGCUUCGAGGUUGCCGGCCAAUGGGGAGAUACGGAUGCGCUCGUGGAGGCAGGCUUUUGUUAUUCCGAGGGCAUUGGCUGCAAGAAGGAUCUGAAAAAGGCAGCCAAAUUCUACCGCCAGGCCGAAGCCAAGGGCAUUAGCAUGGUUGGAAACAGCUGGAUCCACAAAGACAAGUACCUCUCUGAUGAUGAUUCCAAUACCGGAUCGCGUGGCCGUGGUCGUCACGGUGGGACACCCGACAAAAAGCAGCGUAGCAAAUCUCGGACACGCAGUCUUUUCCACCGCAAAAAGUCUACUGUGGCCGAGGCCUAG